AUGUCAAGUAACAGCAAUGGCAAAGGAAGUAGCGGUGCCCCGAUUGCUCCAAACCAGCAUUGGUCUUCCACUGCUGCUGGGUUAAAUGUAAAUGGGGGUUUCCCGUUUUCUGGUGUUGGUAUGAUGAGAGGAAGCUUGUUGGGUCCAAGUGUGUUGCGACAGCAGCAACAAAUCAUUCAUCAACAGCAACAACAACAGCAACAGCAACAAUUAUUGAGCUCCUACAAACUUGAGCUGGCACAUCAGCAGCAGCAACAAAUCGUUCUUCAUCAACAGAUUCUUCUCCAAAAUAAUCAACAGAUCAUGCGCCAACUGCAGCAGAAUCAGCGGCAGAAUGUCAUUGGCAAUGCUGCACCACUCAUUCAGGCGCAUGGGAUGCCUUUAGCAGCAGCAGCAGCAGCGGGGUAUAUGUAUCCUAUGAUGCCCCCCGCGGGAAUGAUGAAUCCUACAGCUUUCUUGCCUCGUCAACAGAUGAUGAUGAUGAUGCCGCCCCCCAACAUGAACAUGAACAGGAACAUGAAUCUAUUUGGUCCUAAUAACUUGCCUACCGGUAUGCUACCUCCCCAGCACAAUCCUACGGCGCAAAGCCAGAAACCUGCCGCUUCUCGUAAGAAACCUCCUCCUCCUCGCAAACGCGCCACGGGGAAGGUAAUUAAGAAAAGAGCAACGCCGGGGAUGAAUGGCGCCAAAAAGCUCUUGAUGGAGAUUUCAAAGGAACGUAAUGUGCCAGCAAACACGGAACAGCUUCUCAGUAUCGUCACGAAAUGGCCCAAAGUAACCCUUUUGGAAAAGCCGACAGAUCUUUUGCAAAUGUGGCAACCCUUGAUUCGAGCCAUCUAUAAUUCUUCGAGUCAGACAGAGCUGAUGAAGGCUGCGUUUUAUUGCGAGAAGCACCCUUAUGGCCCCAAUCUUGUCUUUUCUUCCGAGAGAGGUAGGGUGGCAGAAUUAAAUGGAGUGCAACGCUGGAAUUCGUUGGGCAUUUUCAACUGUGAUUUGGAGGAUCCCAACUUGCUCGAAUUGCUGGCCGGCAUGGGAGAGUUGGUGGCAGCCCCUCUCCACGAGCUGCAAAUCAAAUCCGGAAGAAGUUAUUGCAACUCACCCUUUCGCUGGUAUACCUGGGACGAGAACCACAAGAAAUGCUUUGGCGACACGAACAACAAAGAGGCGACACCAGCAUCCAAGGAAUCCAUGACCCGUUGUCUCGUGACGUUGCUGCAAUCCAUCAAAGGCUUGCGCGUUAUCGAGAUCGAAAAUGGACUGGGUGUAAACCCAGAGCCAUUCCAGGUGGAUUGGGUGGCCGUCGUAGAAGCUUUGAAUCAAUCGGAGUGCAAGGUAGAGCUACACACUAUCACAGUCGAACCAAGCCAAAAGGAAGAACCAGCUCCUCAAGAUGUUGCCGCAUGGACACAUCAUUUGCAGCACCACAACCGAACCCUCGAACGAGUUCCUGGAAUGAGCUUGGGAAAAGACGAAACCGUCAAGCACUACAUGUACCUGAAUCGCAUGGGACGUGCCAAAGCUGUCAACUCGUGUGGGGAAGAAUUGGUAGCGCUGUUGUGUCCUCCUCGCACAGUGGAUCGCAAAAAGCGGACCAAUCUCAACCGUUGCAACUUGAUUUACGGAUUGCUACGGGAAGCGCCGGGAAUGUGGGCCAAGUACUACAACUCUGCUGGAAUCUCAAUCUGCAGUACUAGUAUGGAUCCGCCCAAAAAGAAAAAGAGCAGCAAGCGGAAAAAGACCAGCGCUGCCGUUCCCACACGAAGCUUGCCUCGGCGCAAGACGAGAUCCAAUACGUAA